AUGCCCCGCGUCCCGUCGCCGCCGGCGUCGCCCCCCGCCGCGCGCCUCGCGCCCUCGCCCACCGCGGCGCCGAGAAACGCCGCGCCCAACGCUUUUCUCGGAGGAGGCGAGCUUUUCCCCGGCGCUACGGCAGGUGAGCUCUACUACGAGUUCCACGCCCAAGAUGGAACCCCCGAGACCGCCGCGAGCGCCGCCGCGCGUCAUUCCCGCGCCGCUGCCGCCUCCGCCUCCGCCGCCGCCGCCGCCGCCGCCGCGCGCGCCGCGAUGACACGCGCGGAGAGGCGCGCGGCGCAGCUCGAGCGCUGCCGAGGCAGAACCGCGGAGCAGUUUGGCAGUUUGGCAAGCAGAGGCUUCAUAGCAGCGCUCGACCAGUCCGGCGGGAGCACCCCGCGCGCGCUCGCGCUCUACGGCGUGAGCGACAUCCGCGCCGGGGACAAGUCGGAGAUGUUCGACGCGGCGCACGCCAUGCGGACGCGCAUCGUCACCUCCGAAGCCUUCGACGGCGAAAAGGUGUUCGGGGCGAUACUCUUCGCCGACACCGCGUUCGCGAGGCUGGUCCGAGGAAAACCCACCGCUUCUUAUCUUUGGGAAGAUAAAGGGAUAGUCCCGUUCCUGAAGAUCGACGUCGGGCUCCAGCCGGAGGCGAACGGCGUGCAGCUCAUGAGGGACAUCGACGACUUGGGCGUCACGCUGAGCCGAUGCGGACGACGCGACCCGAAGCUCGACGACGACGACGCCUCCUCCGAAGAUACAGGAUAUCCUAAACCCCCUAAACCCCUAAACCCAGGGGAUGGGGACCCCGGUUUGUGUAUCUUCGGGACCAAAGCCAGGAGCGUGAUCCGUUCCAACGAUCCGAACGGCAUCGACGCGCUCGUCGCGCAGCAGUUCGAGUCAUGGAUCACGGGCUGGUGCCCAUCGUCGAGCCCGAGGUGGACAUCGACUGCAAAGACAAGGCGCGUUCGUCUAUCCGCUUCGUUCUCGUAUCACGCGUUGACCGAAGCGCCGUUCCUUUCCCUCGCUCAGGCUGGCGCCGAGACCACGCUCAAGGCGGCACUGGUCCGCCACCUCGACAUUCUCGAGACCCUCGCCGACGCAGACGACGCCGGUGACCAGCCGCCGACGGUCAUCUUCAAGCUCACCCUCCCCGAGGACCCGGCCCUGUACGACUCCCUCGUGGCGGACCCCCGAGUGCUCCGCGUGGUCGCCCUGUCCGGCGGCUACGACCGCGAGGAGUCCACGCGGAGGCUGCGAACGUGCCGCGGGGUGAGCGCAAGCUUCAGUCGAGCGCUGACGGAGGGUCUGCGGGUGGACAUGACGGAUGAAGAGUUUGACGCGGCGUUGGGAGCGUCGAUUGGGGCGAUUUACGAGGCGGCGUGCACGUGA